AUGUUGACGAUUAAGAAGGUUCCGACAGUGGUCUCUCUGAACCAGGAGGAGGACCAGCCCGCGGGUUGCGGUCGCCGCUGUCUGAAUACCUGCUGCACUAUUGGUGCCCGCAUGCCUCUGUACGCUUACGCGAAGCGUCCCUGCACCAAGCCGGAGCGCAUUCAGUCCUUUACGGAGCUGGACGGAGUUCCAGGCUUCCAGCCCGGGUUUCUCGGGAACACCACGAGCUUCGCGUCGUACGACGACCUGCUGUCGAUCCGCGAGUCGCUGUCGUCGUCCGACGAGGACUCGCUGUCGUCAGGCGGCGCGAGCGACAUUCACGACGACGACGCAUUCUCGCUGCGCAAGCACAUCACCUCCGAGUGGGAGAAGAAGUUUCAGGAGGGGCUGUUCCGCUAUGACGUGACAGCUUGCGAGUCAAAGGUGAUCGAAGGUCGCCUGGGCUUCAUUGCGCAGCUGAACGAGGGGAGGCACUCCAAGAAGCGUCCCACAGAGUUCCGCGUGGACAAGGUGCUGCAGGCAUUUGACGCUGGCAAGUUCAAUUUCACCAAGGUCGGGCAGAACGAGAUGCUCUUCCGCUUUGAGGAAGGCAAGGACGAGGAGAGCCGCUUCUAUGAGGCAGCUGUUGUGGAGGAGAGCCCCAGCCUCAUGGUCAUCAAUGUUUCUCCCAUUGACUAUGGCCACGUGCUGCUGGUUCCGCGUGUGCUCGACAAGAUCUCGCAGCGCAUGGACGAAUCCAGCCUCCUCAUGGCUCUCCGCCUAGCCUCGGAAGUCAACGACCCUGCCUUCAGGAUUGGGUACAACAGCCUCGGCGCCUUUGCAACAAUCAACCACCUGCACUUCCAGGCCUACUUUCUCGACCUACCCUUUGCUAUCGAGCGCGCAUCUUUGAAGGAGAUCGCGGUCUCGACGAAUGAGGUUAAGGUUGGGGAGCUUGUGGACUAUCCGGUGAAAACGCUGGUGUUCCAGGCGGGUGCGUGCCUCGAGCAGAUGGCAUCGGCUGCUGCAGCUGCAUGCUGCAAGCUCCAGGAAGGGAAUAUUCCCUUCAACUUGUUUAUUGUGGACAGGGGCACUCGGCUGUUCCUCAUUCCACAGAGGUACGCUGAGAGGCAGGCAAGGGGUGAGAUUAGCCAAGAGCUUCUUGACACGCAGGUGAACCCUGCAGUGUUUGAAAUUUCUGGUCAUAUUGUGUGCAAGCGCCGGGAGGAUUACGAUAAUGCCUCUGAGGAAUGGACCUGGAAGCUUCUGGAAGCAACGUCCCUCACUGAGGAGGGGUUUGAAGUCGUCAGGAAGAUUUCUGUGGAAGCGCUGGCAGCGACUGCUGCUGAGUUUGCUGAGAUUGGGAUGGGUGGUAUGGUUGGGAAGGGAAAGGUGGAGUUUGUGAGUGAGGCUGGUGCUUGGGUUGAUUUUGCGGCUAAGAAAUGUGGUGUGGUUCAGCAAGCUCUUCAGCUUGCGUAG